CCCAUACUGGUAUUCAUUAUAAUCUUUUGUAGACCCACUUGUCAGUGGGCACUGCCCCUAGAAGCGGCUUCUUGACCAGAGAAGAUGCGCUCAGCCGUUCUACAACGCGGCCAGGCGCGGCGAGUGUCUUGCCGGGUUCGGGCGGAUGGUUCGGGCGUGGAUUCGCUGCCCUCGACCAGCGCCAGCAGCAGCGCACGCCCUCUCAUUGAUCGCCGUCAGCUCCUGACCGGUGCUGCUGCGUCGGUCAUAACCUUCGUUGGCUGCCCUUGCCCCCUGUGCAAGCCUGGGGAGGCAAAGGCCGCAGCUUGGAACUAUGGCGAAGUUGCGGGUCCGCCAACCUGGAAGGGUGUGUGUGCGACGGGCAAGCGCCAGUCGCCCAUCAACAUCCCGUUGAACACAUCGGCGCCGAAGGUCGACGCGGAGAUGGGCGAAUUCGAUUUCGCCUACGGCAGCUUCGAGAAGUGCGACGUGCUGAACACGGGACACGGCACCAUGCAGGUGAACUUCCCCGCUGGCAACCUGGCGUUCAUUGGCAACAUGGAGCUGGAGCUGCUGCAGUUCCACUUCCACGCGCCCUCGGAGCACGCCAUGGAUGGCCGCCGUUACGCCAUGGAGGCGCAUCUGGUGCACAAGAAUAAAAGCACCGGCAACCUAGCUGUGCUGGGCAUUAUGCUGGAGCCCGGCGGCCUGAUCAAGAACCCGGCGCUGUCCACUGCUCUGGAGGUGGCGCCCGAGGUGCCCCUGGCCAAGAAGCCCUCGCCCAAGGGCAUCAACCCCGUCAUGCUGCUGCCCAAGAAGAGCAAGGCCGGGACACGGCCGUUCGUGCACUACCCUGGCUCGCUUACCACGCCCCCGUGUUCGGAGGGGGUGGACUGGUUUGUGUUCAUGCAGCCCAUCAAGGUGCCCGACAGCCAGAUCCUGGACUUCAUGCGCUUCGUGGGCGACAACAAGACAUACGCCACCAACACGCGGCCACUGCAGCUGCUCAACAGCCGCCUGGUCGAAUACGAGCUGUGAGCGGACACGAGUGUGCUAGGGUCAGUGAGCAGCGUGUGAACAUGAAGAUUACAAGUUUGCUGACAGAGAGCGGGCGGAGUGCCCAUGCAUCGCAUCGUAACAGCCCGCGAAGUACGACUUAACAUGACAUAAAAGUGCAAUGCGCAUAUUGACUGGUUUGGCCCACGGUGGGGAAGGCGUACGCGCGGUUCCAUCAAGCAGCCUUUGGGGAGGCAUCGCCUUGCACGCACUUGCCGUAUGUAGGCGUGCUGGUGAAUGAGGUAUGGGGCGAGAGACCCGCGAACUAAACUUAAGUAGAUUACCCAUGUAUCCUUUAUUUGGCUUGCGUGCCCUCUCAAUUGGGGCACCGAUGCAGGGGCUGGAAGGCCCCGUGUAACACAUGACACUC